GCAGCGUGGUGGCAAACGGGUUGCAGGCAGGGUAAAGGUGCACAGGGAAAUAACCUUGCAGGCAGCUCCUCCUUCCUGGGGGAGCAGAGUCUCAGGGCAGCGCAGAUCCCCGCGGGUCUGACAGCACCUUGGCCUGGAUGCCUGCACAAGUUUUGGGGGUUCUCUGAAACUCACAGAAAGCAGGAAUGUCUGUUGGCAGAAGGAACUGGUCUGAUCUCUCCAGCCUGGCCAAGCAGAGGAGCCUGGAGGAUGAAGAAGAGCAGCAAAGAGAGCGCCGGAGAAGGCACCGGAACCUGCUGUCCUCCACAUCAACAGAUGAAGAACCUCAUAGCCCUGUGAAAGACAUUAGUCCAGCUUCCAGCAGACCUCAAUCUCUGGUAAAACCAGUGUCUCCGGAGGAUGAGGGAGAAAGUAAGCUCUCGGAGGUGCUGAAGACACUAGAAGGGAGACGGACCAGGUCCCCGAUGGCCGUCUCUGAAAAGCUGAGGCAGGAGAAGGAGCAGCAGGUGCCAGGGGUGGGAGUGAGCCAUGUGGAGGCAGCGACGCAGCGACGUGUGGGGCAGGAGAGCACCCAGGCUGGAGAGCGGGGUCAGGAUGCGGCCAAGAGCAGGGGGGACCCACCAGGAGACCAGCAGCCGGAGCUGCCCUUGGAGAAGAAGGCGGUGGCGAGGGGACGUCUCCAGGACAAAGAGGGACAAGGUGUGGGGUCACCUCAGGUGGAGGAGAGGAAGGAGGUGGGGGAGCUACAGCAGCGGGCAUCACCGGAGCUGGGCGGCUGCCGGGUCCGCGAAGUGAAGAUCCUGACCAGGCAGGGGAGCUGCAGCACGGAGAAAAAGACAGCCUCGGUGGUGACCUCAUCUCUGGAAAGGCAGCAACCAUCAAGGAAUCCCUCAAAGAUGGUAAUACAGCUGUCACCCACCCAAGAUGAACCUGCAGAAAAGUCAGAUACUUCUCCAGCUCAAGUCACCUACAGCAGCUCCAUCAAACGAACCAGCCCAAGAACAGUCUCCUUUCGGAUGAUCUCAAGAAAACAGAAAGAAGAAAGCCAAAGCCCUCUCACAAGGAGCGCAAGUCUGAGGAUCCCAGCUAGCAGCACCACCAUUGGGGAGAAGCUGGAAAAGUACACCUCGGCUGUGCAGCGCUCGGAGGCAGUGAAAUCAUCCCUGGCUACUCAGAAGGGCCUCUUGGUGUCCUCGGAGGGGGUGGCCAGCAAGCGCAACUUCUUUGAGGCAAGCACUCCCGGCAAGGCUGAGCCACUCGCUGUCAGGAAGGACAACCUGAAGAUCCCAGGAUCAGUGACAUCCCGCAUUAAUCUGUGGGUCAGCCGGGCUCAGGAGUCUGCCAAGGAGGAAAAGAGCAAGGACAUCAGGAGAAUAAAGAGCCUGCCAAGCCGUGACGUCUGGGUAAAGCAGCCUGGAGAUACCUCUGGAGACACCAAGUUGUAAUAAUAUCAGAUGAUCUGGGAAAAAACUGUUUUGCUCUGAAGAUCAAAGCCCAGCCCUACCCAACCAUCCAGCAGCCCACUGCCGUGAGAGUCCCCCAUGCCAUGUGUGGGUGCACCCCAGGUCGCCGGGGUCCUCUGCUUGUGGGAUGGGAAGGAAGAAGGCUGGAAGAUUGUCCCUGCGCUCCCAGUCCUCACUUGCUGCCUGUCUGGGAGUGUCCAGGCCUGGAGGCUCCUUGCAAAUGCUAAAGGCAGACUCUUGCCUCAUUUCCCCGCAACAUUUUGGUGUUUUGCUCCUAAUAUCUGCCUGUGCCCCAUAACUGUGCUUGCAAAGGGGAUCAACCCACACAUCUCCCUUGCAGCUGGAUGGUGUCACGGGGGCAAGAAGCUGCCUGGACAAGGGAGUUUCAGCUGCACGGCCACGGACCACAUCCAUCCCUGAUGCCUGGCUUGUGUGGGGUGAGGUGGGGCAGGCAGAUGUCCCCCCCGCCCCCAGGCUGUCACUGCUGGAGGGACCCAACCAAAUGCAAACACUGUUUGCAAAGUCACAGGUGCACCAGCAUAGCUUGGAGAUGCCUGAUGGUCCUGGUGCUUCCCUCCAUCACGCAGCUGAGCCAGAGACAGGGACUUGGCCUUCUCCACCUGCCCUUACCAUCCCCUGCCCCCUACGAGCAGUGACCCCUUUCACUUAGUGAUACGGCAAGGUUGGGCUGGCCAUGGCCCUAUUUUUGGUGUUGCAUGGAGCUGAGCGCCCUGUGCUGGGCCCCUUCGGCAAACCUCUUUUCCUUCUCACCGUUCCUGCUGAGCCCUUUGCCCGUGGCUAUGCAGACCCCUGGUCCUGCACUCCCCAGGCUGCUGAACCCGCCCGGUGGGGACGCGGGGUGCUCUCUUGAGGCCAGCUUUAGGGUGCCAUGGGCAGCCCGUAAAAUGAUGCUCAAAUCCUUGGGCCGGGGCCAUUCCAUGGGCUGGGGCUGGGCCUUGAGCAACCAUUGCGGUGUCCAAAUUGGGUGUGGGACUCUACUGCUGCCCCUGGAUCUGAUCUUGCUUGCUGGGCUUUGGAAAGGACUUUGUUUUCUCCAUGCUUUUUUUAUUUUCUAAUAAAAGUUGCUCUUUCUAAGACA